AGGAUACCUGCCUUUAUUUGGAAGAUCUGGACAUCAGAAUGGGAAAUAACACAUUGCCGCUUCUCAUCUGCCUUCUCUGAGGAAAACAAGAAACAAGAGUAGUCAGUGAGAAGUUUUCACUCCAGAAGUACUCCAGGGAUCAUGGUGGAAAACUUCUGCAACUCUACUUUUUGGAAUUCCUCAUUCCUGGAAAGUCCGGAGGCAGACCUGCCGCUAUGUUUUGAACAAACUGUUCUGGUGUGGAUUCCUUUGGGUUUCCUUUGGCUCCUGGCCCCAUGGCAACUUCUCCAUGUAUAUAAAUCUAGGACCAAGAGAUCUCCUAUAACCAAAUUCUACCUUGCUAAGCAGGUGCUUGUUGGGUUUCUUUUUAUUUUAGCAGCCAUAGAGUUGGCCCUUGUACUCACAGAAGACUCUGGAGAAGCUACAAUCCCUCCUGUUAGAUAUACCAAUCCAAUCCUCUACCUGUGCACAUGGCUCCUGGUUUUGCUGAUCCAAGACAGCAGGCAAUGGUGUAUACAGAAGAACUCUUGGUUCCUGUCCCUAUUCUGGAUUCUCUCAAUACUCUGUGGCACUUUCCAAUUUCAGACUCUGAUUCGGGCACUCUUGCAGGACAGCAAUUCCAAUCUGGCCUAUUCCUGCCUGUUCUUCAUCUCAUAUGGAUUCCAGAUCUUGAUCCUGAUCCUUUAUGCAUUUUCAGAAAAAAGUGACUCAUCAAAUAAUCCAUCAUCCACGGCUUCAUUUCUGAGUAGCAUUACCUUUAGUUGGUAUGACAGCAUAGUUCUGAAAGGUUACAAGCAACCUUUGACACUUGAAGAUGUCUGGGAUAUUGAUGAAGGACUUAAAGUCAAGACAAUAGUGAGCAGAUUUGAAAUAUUCAUGGCAAAAGAGCUGCAGAAAGCCAGGCGGGCCUUCCAGAAACGACAGCAGAAGAAAUCCCAGCGGAACUCUGGAGCCACAUUGCAUGACUUGAACAAGAACCAGAGUCAAAGCCAAGAUGUCCUUGUCCUGGAAGAAACUAAAAAGAAAAAAAAGAAGUCUGGGCCCACAGAAGACUUUCCCAAGUCCUGGCUAAUUAUAACUCUCUUCAAGACUUUCUGGAUCAUGCUCCUGAAAUCAUUCUUCCUGAAGCUAAUACAUGAUAUCUUCAUAUUUCUAAAUCCUCAGCUGCUGAAAUUGCUGAUUUCCUUUGUAAGUGACCAUAACAUGUAUGCAUGGACCGGAUAUGUCUAUGCCAUCCUCUUGUUUGCUGUGACUCUCAUCCAGUCUCUCUGCCUUCAGUCUUAUUUUCAAUUGUGCUUCAUAAUGGGGAUGAGUGUACGGACAACAGUCAUAGCUUCUGUGUAUAAGAAGGCACUGACCUUAUCCAACUUGGCCAGAAAGAAGUACCCCAUUGGUGAAACAGUGAACCUGAUGUCUGUGGAUGCCCAGAAGCUCAUGGAUGUGUUCAACUACCUGCACUUGCUGUGGUCAACUGUUCUACAGAUUGUCUUAUCCAUCUUCUUCUUAUGGAGUGAAUUGGGACCCUCAGUCUUAGCAGGUGUUGGGGUGAUGGUUCUCCUCAUCCCACUUAAUGGAUUUUUGGCCACCAAGAAUAGGAGUAUUCAGUUCCAAAAUAUGAAAAAUAAAGACAGACGUUUGAAAAUCAUGAAUGAGAUUCUCAGCGGAAUCAAGAUCCUGAAAUAUUUUGCCUGGGAACCUUCAUUCAAAGACCAAGUCCACAACCUUCGGAAGAAAGAGCUCAAGAACCUGCUGUUCUUUGGUCAGCUGCAGUCUCUGAUGAUACUUAUCUUACAAGUAACACCUGUCCUGGUGUCUGUGAUCACGUUUGCUGUUUAUGUUCUGGUGGAUAGCAACAAUAUUUUGGAUGCAGAAAAGGCCUUCACCUCCAUCACCCUCUUCAAUAUACUGCGCUUUCCCCUGGGCAUGCUUCCCAUGGUGAUCUCCUCUGUGCUCCAGGCUACUGUUUCUGUAAGGCGGCUAGAGAAGUACUUGGGAGGGGAUGACUUGGACACAUCUGCCAUUCGACAUGUCCGCAAUUUUGACAAAGCUGUGCAGUUUUCUGAGGCCUCCUUUACAUGGGAUCGGGAUGCAGAAACCACAAUCCAAGAUGUGAACCUGGACAUUAUGGAAGGCCAGUUGGUGGCUGUGGUGGGCACUGUAGGCUCUGGGAAAUCUUCCUUGAUGUCAGCCAUGCUGGGAGAAAUGGAGAAUGUCCAUGGGCACAUCACCAUCAAGGGCACCACAGCCUAUGUCCCUCAGCAGUCCUGGAUUCAGAAUGGCACCAUAAAGGACAACAUCCUUUUUGGGUCAGAGUUCAAUGAAAAGAGGUACAAGCAAGUUCUGGAGGCCUGUGCUCUCCUCCCAGACUUGGAAAUAUUGCCUGGAGGAGACCUAGCUGAGAUUGGAGAGAAGGGUAUAAAUCUCAGUGGCGGUCAGAAGCAGAGAGUUAGCCUGGCCAGAGCUACUUACCAAAAUGCAGACAUCUAUAUUCUAGAUGACCCCUUGUCAGCUGUGGAUGCGCAUGUGGGAAAUCACAUUUUCGAAAAGGUCUUGGGCCCCAAUGGUCUGUUGAAUGGCAAGACUCGACUCUUAGUUACACAUAGCAUUCACUUUCUUCCCCAAGUGGAUCAGAUUGUGGUUGUGGGAAAUGGCACCAUCUUGGAGAAAGGAACCUAUAGUGACCUGCUGGCCAAGAAAGGAGUGUUUGCUAAGAAUCUGAAGACUUUUGUAAAAUAUUCGGGUCCUGAAGGGGAGGUCACAGUCAAUGAUGAUAAUGAAGAAGAAAAUGACGACAGUGGACUGAUAGCUGGUGUGGAGGAACUCCCUGAGGAAGCCGCCUCCUUGACCAUGAAAAGAGAGAAUAGCCUCCGUCGAACCCUGAGCCGCAGCUCCAGGUCCAGUGUCCGGAACCCAAAAACCCUGAAAAACUCCUUGAAAAGUCGGAAUGGGAAUGCCCUGAAGGGGAAGGAAGGAGUAGUACAAGGGCAAAAGCUAAUUAAGAAGGAAUUCAUGGAAACUGGAAAGGUGAAGUUCUCCAUCUACCUGAAGUACUUACAAGCAGUAGGAUGGUGUUCAAUAUUCUGCAUCAUCUUUGCCUUCGUAUUGAAUUCUGUGGCUUUUAUUGGAUCCAAUCUCUGGCUCAGUUCUUGGACUGGUGACUCUCAAGCCUUCAAUGGCACUAACUAUCCAGCCUCUCAGAGGGAAAUGAGAAUUGGGGUCUAUGCAGCUCUGGGAAUAGCACAAGGUAUAUCUGUAUUUAUAGGAACUUUCUUGAGUGUGUAUGGUUGCAACCAUGCAUCAAAAAUCUUGCAUGAACAACUGUUGAACAAUAUCCUUCGAGCACCCAUGAGUUUUUUUGACACAACACCUACAGGCCGGAUUGUGAACAGGUUUACUGGUGAUAUUUCCACGGUGGAUGACACUCUCCCUCAGUCCUUGCGCAGCUGGAUUGUGUGCUUCCUGUCGAUAAUCAGCAUCAUCGUCAUGAUCUGCAUGGCCACCCCUAUCUUUGUCGUCAUCGUCAUUCCUCUUGGCAUUAUUUAUGUGUCUAUUCAGGUAUUUUAUGUGGCUACGUCCCGCCAGCUGAGACGUCUGGACUCUGUCACCAGGUCCCCCAUCUAUUCUCAUUUCAGUGAAACCGUAUUAGGUUUGCCUGUUAUCCGUGCAUUUGAGCACCAGAAGCGAUUUAAAAAACAAAAUGAGGUGGGGAUCGACACCAAUCAAAAAUGUGUCUUUUCCUGGAUUAUAUCCAACAGGUGGCUUGCAAUUCGCCUGGAGCUGACUGGGAACUUGAUUAUCUUCUUUUCUGCCUUGCUGCUGGUUAUUUAUAAAGACACCCUGAAUGGGGACACUGUGGGCUUAGUUCUGUCCAAUGCCCUCAAUAUCACACAAACCCUGAACUGGCUAGUGAGGAUGACAUCGGAAACAGAGACCAACAUUGUGGCUGUAGAGCGAAUAAAUGAGUACAUCAAUGUGGAAAAUGAGGCACCCUGGGUGACUGAUAAGAGGCCUCCAGCAGAUUGGCCCAACAAAGGGGAGAUUCGGUUUAGCAACUACCAAGUACGGUACCGGCCGGAGCUGAAUCUGGUACUGAAAGGGAUCACUUGUGACAUCAAGAGCACUGAGAAGGUUGGUGUGGUGGGCAGGACAGGAGCUGGGAAGUCAUCCCUCACAAACUGCCUCUUUAGAAUCUUAGAGUCUGCAGGUGGCCAGAUAACCAUUGACGGAAUAGAUAUUGCUUCCAUUGGGCUCCAUGACCUUAGAGGAAAACUGACCAUCAUCCCCCAGGAUCCCAUCUUGUUCUCUGGAAGUCUGAGGAUGAAUCUGGACCCUUUCAACAAAUACUCAGAUGAGGAGAUUUGGAAGGCCCUGGAGUUGGCUCAUCUCAAACCCUUUGUGGUUGGCCUGCCACUUGGGUUGUCCCAUGAAGUGACAGAGGCUGGUGACAACCUGAGUGUGGGUCAGAGGCAGCUAGUGUGCCUGGGCAGGGCUCUGCUUCAGAAAUCCAAGAUUCUGAUCCUGGAUGAGGCUACAGCUGCGGUGGAUCUAGAGACAGAUCAGCUCAUUCAGACAACCAUCCGAAACGAGUUCUCCCAAUGCACAGUCAUCACCAUUGCCCACCGGCUGCAUACCAUCAUGGACAGUAACAAGAUAAUGGUCCUAGAUGAUGGGAAGAUUGUGGAGUAUGGCAGUCCAGAAGAACUGCUGGAAAACUACGGCCCCUUUUAUUCUAUGGCUAAAGAAGCUGGCAUUGAGAAUGUGAACAGCACAGCAUUUUAGCAGCACGUUCCAUGGUUAAAGAAGGACUAUAUAGAACAAUUGGAGUGAAACAAGAGGACGGUUGAAAAACAGAAGAACAGUUCACACCUGCUGAGAGCUAACCACCAAAGAAACUGAGAAAUGCAACAGUGGUAAAGUACCAGGAUGAAAGCAGAGCUUAGAGGAGCCCUGAUACCUUCUCAGUUAUUGCCUAACAAAAUGGCCCAGGCUGAUCUUUGUAUCCUGAUCACCAGAGAACUUCAAAGAUGAACAAUUAUCACUAUUCAGCAUUUACUAAAUUUCUGGCAUUGCCCAAAACUUUUUAUAAAGAGCAAUUUAAUACAAAUAAAAUAUAUUUUUAUUUAAAUAAACAUCCCAUUACAUUGUGGUCUAAGUUAAUACUUCUCACAAGUUUUGUUUCAACUCAUCAGUUUCAGGGACAACUUUAGAUAACCACCUAGAACCAUACCUCCCUCCAAAAUGCUACCAUAUCUUCACUGAUUUUUUUGGUCUCUUUCUGUGAUCUUCCAGAUUCAUCUGGGUACUGGGAAUUCUAGUGUUUUAGGCCUCUGUUUCUUAUUAAAUUAUUGCCUCUCACUUUCUUUUUUUUUAAUUUUUUAUUGUUGGUUGUUCAAAACAUUACAUAGUUCUUGAUAUAUCAUAUUUCACACUUUGAUUCAAGUGGGUUAUGAACUCCCAUUUUUACCCCAUAUACAGAUUGCAGAAUCACAUCAGUUACACAUCCAUUGAUUUACAUAUUGCCAUACUAGUGUCUGUUGUGUUCUGCUGCCUUUCCUAUCCUCUACUAUCCCCCCCUCCCCUCCCCUCCCCUCUUCUCUCUCUACCCCCUCUACUGUCAUUCAUUUCUCCCCCUUGUAUUAUUUUUCCCUUUCCCCUCACUUCCUCUUGUAUGUACUUUUGUAUAACCCUGAGGGUCUCCUUCCAUUUCCAUGCAAUUUCCCUUCUCUCUCCCUUUCCCUCCCACCUCUCAUCCCUGCUUAAUGUUAAUCUUCUUCUCAUGCUCUUCGUCCCUACUCUGUUCUUAGUUACUCUCCUUAUAUCAAAGAAGACAUUUGGCAUUUGUUUUUUGGAAAUGGAUGGCAUUAGAGAUUAUGCUAAGUGAAGCUAGCCUCUCAUUUUCAAACCUAACCUUCCAGGCUCUGCCUUGUAAUGCUGGGGCUGAGACUUGCAAAUCCCAUUUCUGCUUUGUCACCUUUCCUAUUAGGUUCCAAAGACAGGAGGUGCUGCUGAGAGGCUGGAUGCAACGUUGCCUGAGGCAGGGGCUUGUUUCUUCCUUGCUUGUUCUGUUUCCAUCAGCAUCCUUCCAGCAAUGUUUCAGUCACAGCAGCUCAUCCAAGCAACAACACUGAUUUUAAUUUUCAGUUUUUUUGUUUGGUACUGGGGAUAGAACCCAGGGGUGCUUAACCACGGAGCCUCAUCCCCAGCCCUUUUUUAAUAUAUAUUUUUUAGAAACAGGGUCUCACUGAGUUACUUAGGGCCUUGCUAAGUUGCUGAGGCUGACUUUUUUUUUUUUUUUUUGCAGGGGUUACUGGGGAUUGAAUUCAGGGGAACUCAUCCACUGAGCCACAUCCCCAGCCCUAUUUUGUAUUUUAUUUAGAGACGGGGUCUCACUGAGUUGCUUAGCACCCCGCCGUUGCUGAGGCUGGAUUUGAACUUGUGAUCCUCCUGCUUCAGCCUCUGAGAGAGCUGCUGGGAUUACAGGUGUGUGCCACCAUGCUCAGAUUAGUUUUCAGUGUUUCCAACAUUCACAGAACCCAUAUCAUUGUGUCCCUCAGAGACACCCAUACCGGCUGAGCAGCACCCACCUUUUUCAGAAGGAAUAGAGUCAAAGACAAAUAAUUCUACACUGAGAAAUUGACACAAACAGGAAAGAAUGUUCCAAAGAUACCUAUAUUUUUUGUAGACUAAUUUUGAAACAUCAUUUGAAGAAAUUUAUUCCAUUUAGCAAUAGGAUGAGAAUACAUUUAAUUAUACAUAUGUACUGAUCAGAAAUUUAUUUGAAAAUUAACAAAUAUUAUUCUAUAAACAUUUAUAUUUAAAUCUCUAAGCUAUUGCAGUUUGGAUUUAGCUAGAAAAAUCUAUAUUCUACUAGAAGCAGGAUCUUAGUCUUCUAUAUAGAUGAGACACUAAGCUGGUUUUUGAAAGGUUUCACAUUGUUGGAAAAUACCAGGAAAAGUUGGGGCCUGGUUCCCCAAAUACCUGCCUAGUUGCCUAAUUAAAAUUUAUUAAUUCCAAAUCUGCAAACCAAGUUCAUUUUGGCUAAUUUUUCAUUUUCGUUCAUCAAAAUAUCUAAAUGUCCCGCAUACUUGACUUCAACAUUAACGGUAAACAGAACUCUUUUGUUUUAGCUGGGUCUAAGAUAGGGGUAUAGCUCAAGGGUCAAAUUUGGCCUGCCACCUGUUCUUGUGAAUAAAUUUUUAUUGGAAA